AUAAAUCUUUUGUUUAAUGUUUACUUCCCUGUUUUAGAUAUAUUACACCUAAAAUUAAAUAAAGCAACAAAAUACUAAAAUUUAUAUCUGUGAAUUUGAUUGUAGAUUUUCCAAACUAUUUGUUAAACAGUUUACUAUUGUACCAAUUGUGUAGAAAUUGCUGAUUCAGACAACUUCAUGAAAGAUUACAAGUGUCAGCAAGUAAUGCUUUUCAUCUGAUUUUAUGAUGUCUUUACCAAUAGAAGAAACUCCUAUAAUUAAUUCAGACAUAGAAAAUGAUGUUACAAGUAGCCAACGCAAUCUCGUGGAAAACGAACUUGUUGAAGAGACAACAGGAUGGAUCAAAAGCCGGACAGUAUUGGGCAUUAUGGGAUUCCUGGGAUUUGCAAAUGUAUAUGCAAUGAGAGUGAAUUUAUCUGUAGCUAUUGUGGCCAUGAUUAAUUCUACUCAACCAACACCAUCAAAUGAUACAGGGCUAGAUGUCUGCCCAGUUAUAGAACCUACCAACAACACAAUACCUUCAAAACCUGGUGAUUUUAAUUGGACUGCUGAACAACAAAGCAUAAUAUUAGGUUCAUUCUUCUAUGGAUAUGUUUUAACUCAGGUUCCUGGUGGAAGGAUAGCUGAAAUAUUUGGAGGGAAGCUUGUUUACGGUGUGGGUGUUUUAUUAACUGCUUUGUUCACAAUAUUAAGCCCAAUUGCAGCCUUUGUGGACUUCAAGUUUUUCAUUGUAGUCAGAGUAUUGGAGGGACUUGGUGAGGGGGUAACAUAUCCAGCGAUGCAUGCUAUGCUAGCUCGGUGGAUACCACCAUUAGAAAGAUCAAAGUUUGCUGCAUAUGUGUAUGCAGGAUCUAAUAUAGGAACAGUAAUAUCCUUACCAAUAUCUGGGUGGCUUUGUACCUUAGACUUUGGUGGGGGAUGGCCACUAUGUUUUUAUCUGUUUGGAGGACUUGGUGUUAUAUGGUUUAUAGCAUGGAUGCUGCUAGUGUAUGAUACUCCCCGGACACAUCCAAGAAUAUGUCCAAAAGAAAUUGAGUACAUUACCUCCUCAAUUGGCUCUCAGGAGGACCAUACAAUGUCAAUACCUUGGUGUAAAUUUUUGACAUGUGUGCCACUGUGGGCUAUUUUGAUUGCACAGUGCGGCCAGUCAUGGCUUUUCUACACCCAGCUUACUGAGUUGCCAACUUAUAUGAACAAUAUCUUGCAUUUCGACAUUAUUUCUAAUUCCACACUUUCCGCGUUACCAUAUCUAACGUCAUGGAUCGCGGGUAUUUUGAUUAGUGUGUUCGCCGAUUGGUUAUUGGCGAAAGGAUGGAUCUCAAGACUAACCAGUAUGAAGUUAUGGAAUACUGUUGCGGCCUUUAUUCCCGCGUUAGGCCUGCUUGGCAUCGCAUGGGCAGGCUGUGACCGAGUAUUAGUCAUGACCUUACUCAGCGUAACAUCUGCUUUUGGUGGUGCUGUAUAUGCUGGAAACCAAAUGAAUCACAUCGACCUGUCUCCACAGUUCGCCGGCACUAUGUAUGGCAUCACAAAUGCAGCAAGUAACAUUUGUGGCUUUUUAGCGCCUUACGUUAUAGGACACAUUAUUAGCACAGAACAGCAAACUCUUGGUCAAUGGCGUGAAGUUUUUUAUCUGGCUGCAGCCAUUGAUCUUGCUGCUAAUUUGUUCUACUUAUUCUUUGCCAGCACUGAAGAACAGGACUGGUCUAGACCUGACAACGACGACAUGACAGCAUCAGCGCCAGUAGAGAGCAUCCUCUUCCCCGAAUCAUAGGACAUGUCAAUUUUCUGCCCAGCUGUCACCGAUGAUACUCUAGUGUAGUGUAUCACGACUCGUGACGUGUGCCAGGGUAAUAUUUGACAAUUCUCACGGAAGAGUAAAAGUUAAUGCAAUAAUUUUAACCAAAUAUAAUGUACAAGUAGAUCACAAAAUCGAUGCCAAUAAAAUUGGAAAUAUCACUGUUAAGUGCAAACGAGAUCAAAUUAAUGUCAGUGAUUAGCAUCUAGAAAGAGAUUUAUUCUAUCUGCUGGUAUUUGUAUGUUAACAACAACAAGGUAUGAUACGAGUUUGAUCUAUAUUUUAUAUAAUUAUUAUUCUUAUUUUACUAUAAUAUGAUACUUUUACUGUGAAUCUGCGAUUUGCCUUGUUAACAUCUAAUAAUAUUAUGUGUAUGGAAUGCGUAGAGGCAUGACUCGUUAGUCAUUGGGAAUGGCAACAAAUAGCAAAACCGUUAUAUAAUGAUGUAAUGUUGCCAUAUUCGAGCUUCCGUUAGCUUGUUUACCAUUCCAGUUAACUACACAAAAAAUGUAUGCUUGUAAAAUUUUUUAGCUUCAAUUUUGUGUCAAUCUUCAUUUAUAUUUGGUUGUAAAGUUUUUGUAUAAAUAGCACUCAUUGUAUUUUAAUGAGAAAGUGACUGUAUUAGGUACUAUAUAAAAAUUAUCAUAUCUUAUAUGACAUAUUACUCAUUAUUAUUAUGCAUGGCUGUUAGUAAAAUUAUUUAAUAUUUCCAAAUGUGAUCACUAUGCUAGUUAUGUAUUAAGCCUUAUUUUUUGUAUUGAUGAAAUUGUAUUAUAGUGAUUAGCCAAAUUUUUUGUAUUUACCUUGAUUAAGCAACUAAUGUUCAAAUUGUACAGCGUCGAACUAACAAAAAAUUGUCAUUGUUUAUAAUAAUUUGAAAUACAAAAUAAUAAUUUGCUUAUCAAGUAGCAUUCCUUGUAAAUUUUAAAAAUUAGAAUGUAAACUUUAUUUCAUGAAUUUGACCACUUCAAUGGGUUCAUAGAAAUGUUAUAUGAACCUUAUAAUGACUAACAAUAUUUCGUACAAAGAUGAUUCCAGUAUUAGUAUUAACUGCUUACGAUUAUGAUCUCAAUGGAUUACAGAUUUGUAUUUAGCUAGACAAUAUGUGUCUCAUUUAAAAAAAACUGUUAAUUAAUCAAACUGUUUUUAUGAUAAUUAAAUGAAAUGUUAAGUCGCAAAAGAAAAGUGGUAUCAUAUUAUAAAUCGGUGAUUGGCUAUUACAUGUGUAUAUGAAUCUAUUAACAAAUAAGGAAUAUAAUCUAUAAAGAAUACUACUUUUCUAUACAUUUUUGUUUUUAAUAGUUAAUAUCGUAUGAAUCAAAUGCAUAUUAUCUUAAUCUGAUAUAAAUAAUCUAUCAAUUUGAUUGAUAAAUAACCAUAAAGGUAUUAAUUAUGAUUUAAGAUCCAGUCAUAGAAAUGAUAAAUAUAUCACCAUUGUCGGACAUAAUAUACUCUCUAUUAUUUAAUUAUUGCGGUGUAGUUAGUACAAGCAAGUUUUGUACAUGAAAGUGUAACACUCAAAGUAUAUGCAAAAUCCGUAUCUCUCUAGGGCCGGACUAAGUAUUAGAGAGAAUAGGCAGAGCCUAGGGCCUAGCGACUUGGAGCCCAACGUUCGCAUGAAGGAAAUUGAAAAUGUUUUCACACGCUGAAAUUUUAAUUGGUAAAUUUGUAUCCUCAACGUCAUUAUUAAAAUAUAUUCUUGCUUUUCUUUUCAAAAUAUGUAGAUAUACAGCUUUAAAUGACCUGUUUGCAACUAUUUUUGUUCAUAUAGAGUGAGGACCCAAGUAUUGUAUUACCUUACUUCGAGGCUUCGACAUGGUUUCCCCGACCCUAGUACCAAUGCUUACCAAUGCUGAAGUGUCAGAAAUUAAAAUUGACAUACUGUAUUUUGUGUCUAUUUCAAUUUAUGUGCAUCAGAACUUAUGCUGUUUCGGAUUUUAGAAGUCCACAUUCUAAACCACUAGCCCAUGACUCGUAACAGAGUAUAAAAUAUUUUUUACUUGCGUAUAAUAUUCUUUGCUAUACGUGUAUGGUGCUUGCAUUAUACUUACAGCUUGAAUCAGUUAGAAACAUGACUACGGUGCUUUAGAAAUGAUAAUAAUAUCUAUAUUAAUAUGUUUGAGCCAAAAUAGUGGCCAAAGGUUAUGAAAAUUAAUGUUAAAUGAUAGUAUUUUUUUAAAUUCUCAUAUUUGUCUAUUAAUAUUCAAAUUGUAAAUAAUGUAAUUAACUGUUAUAUAUUAUAGGAUUGUCAUAUAUAUGAAAUACAAACAAAUAAGUGAACCUAAUUUUACAUUUUUUGCCAAGCUUGUUCAACAUUUUCAAUUACAAUUGUCAAGAUAAUUAUUUUGAGUACAUAAAAUCUGAUAUCUUGUAGUGUAAUAUCAAUAUUAUACAUAUAUUAUUCUGUAGUAAUUUUACUAUUUACUCCUACAUAUAUCUAACUACAUACAUAUAUCUCAAUUAUAUUGAAAAUUUCUAAUUUUGAAAAUGUUGCCUCACUUCGGUAUAUAAAUAAGUUUCUUUUAUUGAACUACUUAGGUACUUUUUAUUUUGUAAUUUUGUUUGUUUUCUUAAUUGAAAUUAGAGACUAACUUGCUUUUGAAGCUGUAAAUAACAUUAAGGGGGCUAAUUACGGCAAAUCCGACAACAAACAUAAUAUUCGCAAUGAUGUACUACUUCGACUAAUACUUGGUUAAGUAUUACAUGUAUAUUCGUUAUAUAUACAUAUUAUACAGCGCGAUGUAGUACCAAACUAUGGGUACUAUAUUACUCAUAGACUUAAGUUUAUUAUUGUGAAUGAUAUACAAUUUAUGAAUAUAACUUUAGUUAUACAUACGAAUAUUAAUUAUACUUGUAUCGACUCGAAAUCAAGUUUGUCCAAUAGCGAUACAGUGUGUUAAAUCACUAUACUACCUACUGAUCACAUUAAUAUAUAUAUCUAUGCCCCUGUUUCUACAAUUGUAAGGUGCUUCUUUAGA